CUCAGAUGCAUGGACUAAAAACCUCCUUUUAUCCUCUUCAGCUCCCCAGAGAGAGAGAGAGAGAGAGAGAGAGAUGCAAUAUCCUAUCUCUCAUCUUUUCUGAAAAUGGCGGAUUAGCUGCUGUUCUUCCCCACCAUAAAGCUCGAAUCCAUACGGCAAUGGCAGUCCGUGGUGUGAAUUUCAGUUCUUUCCUCCUUUCAGGAAAAGUUAACCAGAGAGACCAGGUUAUUAGACAUCAUAGAGGAGGGCACCUGGGUGUUCCUGGAGCAGGAUCUGCAUGGACCAGCAUUUUUUGCAACAAACUACAUAUUCCAGGAGAAUAUUAUUCUUAUAUGGCUAAAUAUUCUCAUUGCCCAGUUCAUCUCAAAAUUUCCCCUCAUAAGAGAUCUAUGAAAGCAUUAGUCGCAUUUUCUGGAGAAAUGGAGCGCCUUCUAUCAAGUUCUCUUGGGAUCAGUUUUAGUGAAAGGUUCCAGAACAUUAAUCUUAAACGUAGGGUUCCUAGAAGGUGUGAAUGCUUUCUUUCUUCAGAUCCAUCUAACAGCAGUUGGCUUCAGCCCAGAAAGCUGGAUAAACUUGGUAUAUCUGAUGGCCAAUGCCAGCAGCCUGAGUAUCGUCUGGGAACGAGGACACGCGCUGACUUCAAGUCGGAACAGUUUGACAUAGGACCAAAUAUGGAUUCAUUGAAGCCUUCUUAUUGGUGGGAGCAGUUUCCAAAGAGAUGGGUGAUUGUACUUCUUUGUUUUUCGGCAUUUCUCCUCUGCAAUAUGGACCGUGUGAACAUGAGCAUUGCUAUCCUUCCAAUGGCAGCAGAGUUCAACUGGAGUCCUGCCACUGUGGGACUAAUUCAAUCUUCUUUCUUCUGGGGAUACCUACUCACUCAGAUUGUUGGAGGUAUAUGGGCAGAUAGGAUUGGUGGUAAGCUCGUAUUGGGUUUUGGGGUGGUCUGGUGGUCGAUAGCAACAAUUCUUACACCUAUAGCUGCAAAGAUUGGACUUCCUUUCUUACUUGUUAUGCGUGCUUUUAUGGGGAUUGGUGAGGGUGUUGCUAUGCCUGCCAUGAAUAAUGUAAUCUCAAGGUGGAUCCCCGUGUCAGAGAGAAGUAGAUCGCUUUCUCUAGUAUACAGCGGAAUGUACCUCGGCUCUGUCACAGGAUUGGCCUUUUCACCUGUGCUAAUCCACAAGUUUGGCUGGCCAUCUGUAUUUUAUGCGUUUGGCUCUCUUGGUAGUGUCUGGUUUGCAAUAUGGCUGCGGAAAGCCUAUAGUUCACCGCAAGAAGAUCCUGAACUUCGUGCGGAGGAAAAGAAUCUUAUCUUAGGGGGUAGUGUAUCGAAGGAACCGGUUUCAAGCAUUCCAUGGAGACUGAUUUUAUCGAAGGCACCAGUUUGGGCUCUAAUAAUCUCCCACUUCUGCCAUAAUUGGGGGACUUUUAUUCUUCUUACAUGGAUGCCUACAUAUUACAACCAGGUGCUGAAGUUUAACCUCACUGAAUCUGGACUAUUCUGUGUUUUACCAUGGUUAACCAUGGCUGUGUUUGCAAACAUAGGAGGGUGGAUUGCAGACACGCUCGUGAGCAAAGGUCUUUCCAUAACUACAGUUCGUAAGAUUAUGCAAUCGAUAGGGUUCCUUGGCCCGGCCUUCUUUCUCACACAGCUGAGCAACGUCCGUACUCCAGCUUUGGCAGUGUUAUGCAUGGCUUGCAGUCAGGGAAUGGAUGCAUUUUCACAGUCUGGUCUAUAUUCCAACCACCAAGACAUUGGACCACGUUAUGCAGGUGUAUUGCUUGGACUGUCGAACACUGCCGGUGUGCUUGCUGGUGUCUUCGGCACAGCUGCCACCGGAUACAUUCUCCAAAAAGGUUCAUGGGAUAGUGUAUUUAAGGUGGCAGUCGCCUUGUACCUUGUGGGCACGUUGGUCUGGAACGUCUUUUCAACCGGAGAGAAAAUUCUUGAAUGAACGGGAAAAAAGGGGCAAAAAAAUAAAGUGAAGAAAAAAAAUAAAAAUAAAAAUCUUAUCUUAGCAUGCGGCUCAUUAAAGUUAUACAGAUGCCACCAUUCUCAGGGUCAGCAACUGGACCCCACCCACAUGACAGGCCAUGUCAGCAACAGUGACAUAUCAUCAACUUCUAUCACAUGUCAUACUGCCAGUCUGGAAAUGUUGUACCUCAUCUAAUGAGGUCGAGGUUGAAGGUCGCAAAGGUUCGUUCUCUGUUAGCUUAUUAUUAUUUUCGUUCUUAUCACAGUUGUUAGCAUAUAUAUGCUUCUCUUAUGCAAGUUUCAGUUAGAUUACGCAGUCUAGUUGUUAAAGAAAAUGUUAUAUGUAAUUUAUCCCGUCUGGAGAACCUCAUUCGCCGAAAAUCUAUGAAUGAUCAUAUCGAACCUCAAAGCACUUGAAUGAAUGAUCACUUGUCAAACUUCAGCA